CGGCUGCGCCUCGCCUUCCCCGCGAGCAGCCGGGGCCGCGCCUCCGCCGUGCCCGCCGCGCGCCUCGGGGUGCCGGGCGCUCCCGGCCGCAGCUGGGCGAGCCCGCGUCGCGCGAAGGCAGGCGGCGACCGCGGAGGCGACUCGCGGCUAUUGUGACAUUGUUUCGCGUCGGGGCGCGCAACUUACAAAGAAAGUGGCGCAGCCGGGCGCGCUGGAGCCCGGGCCUCGCGGACCCGCGUGGGGAAGCCGGAUCGCGCCCACCUCGCGGCCCUGUCGGGGCUCCCAAGUGCUUACUCCACUCCCAAGUGCCAUGUCUGAACUGUGGACGGCGAGCAGGGGCUCCUGAGACGCGCCUACGCCGCUCCACCUGCCUCGCGCGCCCCCUCUCCGCGCCACCGGCUCCGAAGCGGCCCCGAGGAAGCGCCCCCUUUGGAUGCCCGUCGUGGACACCUCUUCUCCGCGGCUGGAGCGCUGAGGCUGGACUUGGCGAGGCGGGGUUGGCACGUUCGACUUGGAGGAGUCUGCGCGCUUUUCCAAACGCUUCCUGCGCCUCUCGGCCGUCGCCACUCGGGCCCCAGCUCGCUCCCCACCCCACCCUCUGCCAGUCCUCGCUCGGGGGGCGUGCGCCCUGCCUCUGCCGGAGUUCUGGGAAGUUGUGGCUGGCGAGGAUGGGGGUCAGUGGGUACCUGUUCCAGCCCUGGAAGUGCCUCGUGGUCGUGUCUCUCAGGCUGCUGUUCCUUAUACCCACAGGAGUGCCGGUGCGCAGCGGAGAUGCCACCUUCCCCAAAGCUAUGGACAACGUGACGGUCCGGCAGGGGGAGAGCGCCACCCUCAGGUGCACCAUUGACAACCGGGUAACCCGGGUGGCAUGGCUAAACCGCAGCACCAUCCUCUAUGCUGGGAAUGACAAAUGGUGUCUGGACCCUCGUGUGGUUCUCCUGAGCAACACCCAGACCCAGUACAGCAUUGAGAUCCAGAACGUGGAUGUGUACGACGAAGGCCCCUACACCUGCUCGGUGCAGACGGACAACCACCCAAAGACUUCGAGGGUCCACCUCAUUGUGCAAGUAUCUCCUAAAAUUGUAGAGAUUUCUUCAGAUAUCUCCAUUAAUGAAGGGAACAAUAUCAGCCUCACCUGCAUAGCAACGGGUCGACCAGAGCCCACGGUUACCUGGAGACACAUCUCCCCCAAAGCUGUGGGCUUUGUGAGCGAGGAUGAAUAUCUGGAAAUCCAGGGGAUUACCCGGGAGCAGUCUGGAGACUAUGAGUGCAGCGCUUCCAACGAUGUGGCUGCACCGGUGGUCCGGAGAGUAAAGGUGACCGUGAAUUAUCCACCAUACAUUUCAGAAGCUAAGGGUACAGGUGUCCCUGUGGGGCAGAAGGGUACUUUGCAAUGUGAGGCCUCAGCAGUCCCCUCGGCUGAAUUCCAGUGGUACAAGGAUGACAAAAGACUGGUAGAAGGAAAGAAAGGGCUCAAGGUGGAAAACAGGCCUUUCCUCUCAAAGCUGAUCUUCUUCAACGUCUCUGAACAUGACUAUGGGAACUACACGUGCGUGGCCUCCAACAAGCUGGGCCACACCAAUGCCAGCAUCACACUCUUUGAACUAAAUGAGCCCACAAGCUCAACUUUGUUACAAGAAGUGAAAACCACAGCUCUGACCCCUUGGAAAGGCCCCGGAGCCGUCAGUGAGGUGAACAACGGCACGUCGAGGAGGGCCGGCUGCAUCUGGCUGCUACCCCUUCUGGGGCUGCACCUCCUGCUGAAGUUUUGACGUGAGCAUCCCUUCCCCCCCAAUGCCGGGAGAAGCUACAGCCACAGCGCCUACCACCCCACAGACCCAGCAGCUUCGACCACAGCAGCCAGACACCCCGUUUCUAACUCCGAUGUAACCACACGCGAUUCUGAGAAGCAGAACCUCAUGGGGCACACAUUCGAGGGAGGGGAACAAAACCGACGUGGCGGGGUGGGGGUAACUGCAAAAGGAAAUUCAAAAUCGGCUUCUGGGUCCUGCCAAUCUUUAAGGAUCCAUAUGUUGGUUCAUUUUCCUUUCUGCAAAUGGGAAGAGCAGCAGCCGGCUCUGGGUAUCCAGCCGACAGUGGCCUGUUGCAAAUUCUUGGUUGUCAGAGUGAGCCAGGGCUCUGCCACACUGCCCGCUCAAGAACCCCCAUCAGAGAAAAUUCUGGAGUUGGCUGUCUCUAAUUUGAUCAGUCAGAGACAUGGGCCCAGCAUGACCAGCAGGUCUGUGGCACCGUGGCCAGCCCUUGGAGACUGUGCCAUGUUCAUGCGUGUGACACUGCAAAAUUUCAACCCAGACAGGAAGUCAACAGAAAGCCAACGUGCCAGCUCUGACCACCCACCCCGCCGUGCAGUCACAACCACCUGGUGAACUUUCUUGGCCCCCCUCUCCAUUUUACUACUACACAGACAUCAUGGAUAAUAAGGGAUUCUGAGUCUUUAUUAAUUUUAUUAAUUAUAUUUUCUGAGAUGAGUCUAGUGUGCUUCGUGCAAAAACCAGACACAGCUAAGAGGUGCCGACACGAAGGGGGUGAAGUAUGUUUGUGCAACGUUAGAAACGAGUCGUGUGUUUCUUUCCGAGGUUUACAACCGGUGGCCCACACACUGGGCGAUCACCACAUGGUGAGCCACAUGGCAAAGCCACCACAAAAUGAGACAACACAAAACCCACAUCCGGUUGAACCGACAGCUCCACCAGCGCUACUGAUUUCUCCUUAUUUUGGCAUCUAACGCAGACACUGCUAUGCUUCUAAAUGCUGUUUGGAAGUGGAAGGGCGAACCGCACUGUUUUCUUGAGUUGGUUAGCGAGGCUUGUGUUGAUGACAUAUAUUCUACAGUAUAUAUAUACAUAUACACACAUCUAUUUUUUUUCCCCUUUGGUUAGAGUUCAAGCCAUUUUUGUUCUCAGCAGCUCCUUUCUCCGACAUUACUGCAUGCUGUAUAUGGCGUUAGCUGUGUGUGGAUCUCAACGAUGAUAGCGUUUACUGGUAAUUGUGUGAACAGCUCCUGCUCUUUUUGAUUUUCUUGGGUUCUUGACACGUCAGAGACAUUUCUCAGAGAACAACAUCGACACCACUAAUAUCUGGCACAGCACCUCUGCCAGGUGUGGCACUUGGAGGUCAAGGCUUCCUUCGGCCUCGGGCAUUAACCUAUGGCAAGCAACUGACCCAACUCAACUCUGUCAACACUUGCUUUAGCCCAGUGAGGAUCUGUUGCCUUUGGGACCACUGGAGAAUGGAAACCUCUUGGUUUCUUUUAUUUAAUUUCUCACCUUCGUGUGUGUGUGUGUGUGUGUGUGUGUAUGUGUGUGUGUGUGUGAAAGAGAAGAAAAAUGCCUUUUUUAGGUCAUUUUUUCCCCACCCCCCGAAGCCUGGAAACCAGAGAGGCCUCGGGGAGGGGUUCUGGAUGUGAUGAGGGAAACUGGGAUUGGGGGCUGGGGGGAGGGAUUGUCUCUGACUUGACAUUAAAAAGUGUUCCAUGUCCCUCUU